AUGAAAUCUGAUAAUCUUGACGAUAUCUGCAAUUUCUUUGAUGAACUUUCAAAAGUCGAGCUAGAAAAUUUGAUAAAGAAGAAUGAAGAUGUGAAGAAAGUCAUACACCAAGCAUCUGAAAAAGGAAAUCUCAGACUUGUAAAAUACCUUAUUGAAUAUGGUUGCGAUGUAAAUUAUAGCGAUUAUCUUCAACGUACUCCACUGAUUAAUGCAUCAAUAAAAGGAAAUCUUGAAGUUGUUCGAUAUCUAAUUUCUUCUGGUGCCAAUAUAGGAGCAUGCGAUAAAUCCGGAUCCACUGCUUUCAUAAUGGCAUCAAAAGAAGGUCAUCUUGAAGUUGUCAAAUACCUUAUGGAGGUUGGAGAUAAAGAUGUAAGUAAACCACUGAUUGAAGCAUCAAAAGAAAAUCGUCUUGAAAUUGUCAAAUAUCUGAUCUCUGUUGGAUCGGUUAAAGAAGUCAAAGAUGAUGGUGGAAAUACACCACUUAUUAUUGCAACAAAAGGAGGUCAUCUUGAUGUUGUUCAAUAUCUAGUCUCUGAUGGAGCAUAUAAAGAAGCGAAGAAUAAAGAUGGAAACACAUCACUCAUUAUUGCAACAAAAGAAGGCAAUCUUGAAAUUGUCAAAUAUCUGAUCUCUGCUGGAGUAGAUAAAGAAGUCAAAGAUGAUGGUGGAAAUACAUCACUCAUUAUUGCAACAAAUGAAGGUCAUCUUGAAAUUGUCAAAUAUCUAAUCUCUGCUGGAGCAGAUAAAGAAGCGAAGAAUAAAGAUGGAAAUACACCACUCAUUAUUGCAACAAAAGAAGGUCAUCUUGAAGUUGUCAAGUAUCUUAUCUCUGUUGGAGCUAACAAAGAAGCUAAAGAUAUAUAUGGAUCCACUCCCCUCAUCAUUGCAUCAGCUUUUGAUAAACUUGAAUUUGUUCAAUACCUAAUCUCCGCUGAAGCAGAUAAAGAGGUAAAGAAUAAUGA